AUGUUCACAGGAACAACACCGGAAUCGCUCAUCCCUCGCUCGGAUUCGCGCAAUCCAGCGACAACAUGCAAAGGCAUUACUAAAUCUGGGCGACCGUGUAGACGUCCAAUCGAUGCAAAAGUAUCUGAAGACGAUGGUGUCAUAGCCGUAGUAUCUGUUCUCAGCGAUGGUAGCGACGACGACGAGAUUGGCGCUGCGGCCUACUUUUGCUGGCAACAUAAAGACCAGGCGGAGCAACUGGCCGCACAAGCAACAAGCGGACCGGCAACUCAACUAUACCCGCUGAAAGAGAGGAACAGUAUCGACACACUUGUUGAACGACUGGGUGUCCUUGAUUUUGGAGAGCCGGAUGAAGCCACUACACGCCAGAAGAAGAAGAGCACACAAGGAAGGAGAACAUCUGGGUCCCGUCCGCCACGGCGCAUCAACCGGCCAGCUACUUGGGAUAACGUGGAAGGCCCGUUGAUGUCUGUGCCGAGUGAUGUUAUGGCGGAGAGGAAGCGUCGGGAUCAUCGUCCGUCGAAACCACCAUCACAAAGGAAGAAGCAGAGUUUUUGGGCGUCAUUGUGCUGCGGCUCUGCGGACGACGACUACGCUGAAGUCGUGCGGCAUAAGAGGAGGACGGACGAAAAGCCAAUCGCGGAUCAUGAAGGACAAGAGGCACCUACGGAACAAAUACCUCAACCACCACCUCGAGUACGACAAGAUCAUCGAAGACAAAGCGCACAAAGCUCCAGGCCGCCAUCAUCAUCGCGACCACCGUCUUCGUCUCGGCCAAUCAAUGAGCCACCUGCUCGCAAACCACUAGGGGAGAAACCUGCUCGACCUGUAAACCGAACAGCUAGAGAAGAAUCGGAGACAGCUAAGCUACUCCGAUACAUCCCAAACACAUUACCACCACAACUCGCCUCCACUCUACUUGCACAACUCUCAAAGCCCCUUUCUCCCCACGACGAAGAAGGCUACAUCUACAUCUUUUGGCUCACACCCGAAUCCGCUGGUCCCGCCCCAUCCUCAGCUGCGUCCACACUGCUAGCACCGCCAACACGUCCAGAUCAAGGUCGACGAACCUCAGAUGUCAUGCGACAAUACUCGGUCAAAGGCGGACAACGACGUCGAUCCAAUACCGCUCGUUCCCGAUCCGGAGAGGCAGACUCUUUACCAGAAAAAGACACCAUUCUCCUUAAGAUCGGACGUGCAAACAAUGUACACCGCCGUAUGAACGAAUGGACCCGCCAAUGUGGAUACAGUUUAUCUCUCGUACGAUACUACCCUUACGUCUCUUCUUCCACGCCUUCUCCACAGCCCUCGCCUGCACAGUCUCGACGCCAAUCAAGUACGAAUACCGAUAUCGCAAGGAAAGUGCCGCACGCGCAUCGUGUAGAACGCUUGAUUCAUCUCGAGCUUGCAGACCAGCGUGUCAUCAAGCAGUGCGAUGCUUGUGGUAAGACGCAUAAAGAAUGGUUCGAAGUCGAGGCUACCAAGGAUGGGGUCAAGAAGGUGGACGAGGUUGUGAAACGGUGGGUUGACUGGGACGAGAAGACCAAUACGUAA